CUGGGUGUUGAUGUCUGCCGGUGGGCGUCUGCAGUGUCUGGCUGUUCCCUGACGCUGUCGUUUUUGGACACCUCCCGCCGUGAAACCUUCCUGUUUGCUUUUUUUUUAUCCGCUGCCCGAAGCAUCCAGGCGGCUCCUCGCCUCUCAUCUCCGACCCCCGCAGACAGCGGCCCCUGGCUAGGGGGUGCGGCGGUCCUCCCUCGGUCCACUUUACAUGGACACACGUGCAUCUCAUUUAAGGAGACUCCUGGAUGCUGAAAUGUCUGAAAAGGACUGGAAAUGCAUCUCCACGCGUGUUUGCUGCUCCUGGUCGUCACAACAGAUAAAACAUUGGCCUCAUGGCAGCACCGAUGUGAUGGAAUCAUCAUCCUGGACCAAGAGCCUGCAGACCACCUCAAUCUCACCACGCCAGAACUUGCCCUCGACGUCCCUCAAACCCCACAGGCCACCAUUUGCACCUGGACCCUGGACAUCCCGCCCGGUAGGACACUUCUCUUAAAGCCAGUGUGGACCGACGUUGGGGCGAGCGUUUCCCUUCGGUGCUUCUGGAGAGAAGACACUCAAGUUCUGGCAAGCGGCAAGACUGUCCAACUCUCCAACUGUGAGCAUGCUAACCUGACUUGGACAGGAAGUGGACGCUCUUUACAGGCCCUGCAGCUCUUCUAUUACGUUCAGGAAGAGCAGCAGAAUUCCACCGAGGAGCACACCAGCCCACAUUCUCUCCCGGACCUCACUGCUCCGUCCCAGACAGGGUCCAGCGACACAAGAACCACGUCUGUGGGGGUGACAGAACAGGUCAGAGGUCACCUCCAUGGAGGUUGGCUGCUGCUGCCCACCGCGCCCCGGACGGGAAUCACUGUGGCUGGGAGCACCGAUAGGGAAAUGCUCCCUCUUCCUGAGGAAGUCGGGAACAAUGGAGAGGAAGCAUCUGGUAGCCCUCAAACGCCGGUUCUGACCCAAAGCGCUCCAACAAGUCAGACCCUGAGCAGCUCCGGUGGCGACCACAACUCCACUUUUCCACCGAUCACAUCUUCCCCCGCCAGCAGGGGCUACAGAAGCACCCACGGGGAAGCUACCAGCGGGUCCCCUCCCAGUACUGAUGACCCGAGUGCUGAUCCGGCCUCCUCGUUAGGCUUCACUCUGCCCACUUCCAUGGGGACACAACCCCCCUCGGCCCCCGUGACAAAGCUGCACCCGCUUAUCACAUGUUCUCACCAGAACCUCAGCCAGACUGACUCAUCCCGUGUCCCCGGUGGGAUAGACCCGCUGACCCAAAUUCCUUUCACACCCUCACACGCAACAAAAACACAAAGGAACAUGAACACACGCUCCCCGGAUGCCACACAGUGGACAUCAGGUUCUCUUUGGACCACAAGAGACGGCAUGGUAGCUUCUGGAGAUGUCCUGAUGUCAGCAGGCUCGGAACGGGUUCCCCAGGAGACACCUGGACACACCCUCCGAGCAAGCACAGACCACCGCGCCACAGGUCUGGAAACAACACUCCAGCCUUCAGCACCCUCUUCCACGCUGGACCACACCACCAGAACCCCCGCUAUGUCCCACAGUGGCACCACCUCCCAAACAGCACCAGGUCCAAGCCUGGAGGUCCAGUCUGCAUCUACACAAAGUACCUUCAGCCCUGCCACUGUCCUGCCCCCCAAAGUCUACGUGGUGCCGGACCAGCCUGCCGCCAUUAGAGUGGAGUCCAUCCAACUGCUGCUGCAGAUCAUCGUGGAGGAGCCCGCUUCUGCUUCAGGUCCUGGCUUGGAGGAGGACACCAUUGCUUGGAUGGAGCCCUACCUUCAGAGGGCGUCGGGGUUCACCAGGCUGCAAGGAGUAUGGGGCAGCGGUCACGCCGUGCAGAUCCUACUGGAGUUCGAUACCAGAGGCGCUCUGCAGUGGCUCGCCUCCCAGGGAGCCUCCUCGCUACUGGAGAACACUCGAUUGGCUCAGGCCACUCGCGAGGGGCGGAGCUUCAGGUGGUCCAAGGUGGUCAACAUCACGCUUGGAGGCGUGCAGGCGGACGUCUGUGAUUGGUUGCUUGAGUGUCCAGCGGGCUUCCAGUGUACGUCUCGGCCGGGUUCUUCCAACUUCAGCUGCUCGUCGUCCUGCCACUUCGAGUUGUGCCGUCACCACGGCGUGUGCACGCACCACCCCGGCCAACUUCCUGUUUGUCGCUGCCUGACAGGUGAAGACUUCUGGUUCAUGGGAGCGAGAUGCGAUGUGAGGAUGACGAGGGCACGGCUGGUGGGGACGUGCGCGGCCAUCCUGCUCGUCACGGUGGCGCUCAUCGCCGCUCUGGCCUUGGUGGCUGUGAGACGCUACCGGGCCGCUCUGAUCCAGGCCAAAGUGGACCAGACCAGGAGCAGCUACCGCAGGUUCAACCACUUUGACGAGCUGUCGGCUCGCUUCUGGGAGCGCUCGGCAGACUCUGUGGACAAUCCCGCCUUCACGCGCUCAGACGAGCUCCUGCACCUCCGGGCCCUGGACCGGACCUGCUGUUACCAUGACGACACACUAUCGCUGGCCUCCACCUGCCCCAGCCACGCCACGCGACUCAACACCAUCUACCCCAACAGCUCCCAGUACGCUUGGCGAGGCAGCGAGAUGAGCGUGGGCGACGGCGUGCUGGACUCGGGUAAAGCCAGCGACCUCUCGGUGUGCAGCUGGCCCGUAGAACCCAUCCACUGGACCCCCUUCCCGCUCCUGCGCCAGCUGGCCUCGCAAAGGACGGCCCCGGUUCGGCCGUCCAGGCCGCGCUCAUACUGUGAGGGGAUGGAGCUGACGGACCUGAACCGGAGCUGGACCGCCUGAUGGCAGACGAACGUGGUAGCUACUAAAACGUCACGUCAACAGCGAUUCAACUCAUUUCAAGUCACAUGAUUGUAAAUAGAAUAAAUCACCAUCCCAUAAACGAUACCUGCAUUCAUCAUGUCACUAUGUGGAUUCAUCUGUCAAUACAUUUAUGAUGAUUAUGAUACAUUUAUAUUUAUAAUACAUGUCAAUACAAUUCUAUCUUUAAUGUCUUUUAUGACUUUCAUGUUAAAGCACAUGAAAAAUGACUACAGUG